AUGAACCAAGCUACGAGGCGCGUUGCGUCGCAUAUCCUCCGCAGACCUCGCAACCCAGUAGUUCCGAGAUGCUCACAGAGAUGGAACUCUUCCUCGUUUGAACAGAGACAAUGGUCGACACCACUAGCCAAAACAUUGGCCAGUGUCAUGAAGGUUACUGGGCCCGUGCCUAUCGCGGCGUUCAUGCGCCAAGUCUUGACUUCCCCAGACGGCGGAUAUUAUACCACUAGAGGCGAAGGUGGAGGUGUUUUCGGAAAGAAUGGCGAUUUCGUUACGUCACCAGAGAUCUCGCAGGUCUUUGGAGAGUUGAUUGGCAUAUGGACCAUAGCGGAGUGGAUGGCGCAAGGCCGAACCAGGAGUGGUGUUCAGCUGAUGGAGGUUGGCCCCGGAAAAGGAACAUUAAUGGAUGAUAUGUUGCGGACUUUCCGAAACUUCAAGAGCUUUUCUUCUAGUGUCGAAGCAAUCUAUCUCGUGGAAGCUAGUGGAACACUCAGAGCAGUACAGAAGCGACUGCUCUGCGGUGAGGAGGCUGUGAUGGAGGAGACAGAUAUUGGACACCGGAGUAUAUGCAAGUACUUUGAUGUACCUGUCAUUUGGGUUGAGGAUAUCCGUCUGCUGCCACAUGAGGAAGGCAAGACACCUUUCAUCUUUGCGCAUGAAUUCUUUGAUGCACUUCCUAUUCAUGCCUUCGAAUCUGUCCCUCCGUCUCCGGAGAACCAGGAAGCCGAUCAGCCACGAAAAAUCAUGACCCCCACUGGUCCAGUAGAAAUACACGAUCCACCCAAGGUCGCCAACACUCCACAAUGGCGAGAGCUAAUGGUCACAUUAAAUCCAAAGGCCGUUGAAGAGAACAUAGAAGGAGAACCCGAGUUCCAAUUGACCAAAGCUAAGGCCUCCACACCAUCAUCGCUAGUGAUCCCGGAGAUCUCUCAGCGUUACCGAGCCCUCAAGUCUCAGCCAGGCUCAACCAUCGAGAUCAGCCCCGAGAGCCGAAUCUAUGCCGCUGACUUUGCACGCCGCAUCGGUGGUGAUUCUGCCUCUGCCCUCGCUUUGAAAAAGAAGUCUGGUUCCAGCACAGCCCCCUUGUCAGUGAAGAAGACUCCAUCCGGGGCAGCCUUGAUCAUGGACUACGGGACAAUGUCAACCAUCCCCAUCAACUCGUUGCGCGGAAUCAAAAGCCACCAGAAGGUGGCAGCGCUCUCAGAGCCCGGCCGGGUCGAUGUUAGCGCGGAUGUUGAUUUCACUUCACUGGCUGAAGCGGCUAUUGAGGGUAGCGACGGCGUCGAGGUUCACGGUCCUGUUGAACAGGGUGACUUCCUCGGUGCCAUGGGUAUUGAGGAGCGCAUGCGGCAGCUACUCCGCAAAGUGCCAGACGAGGAGCACAGAAAGACACUAGAAACUGGUUGGAAGCGAUUGGUUGAGAAGAGCGGUGGAUCAAUGGGACAGAUCUAUAAGGUCAUGGCCAUUAUCCCCGAGAACGAAGGUAAGAGGCGACCUGUUGGCUUUGGAGGAGGCAUUCAAAUGUAA